CGCUGCGUGGCACUGGGCACUGACUGGCUCUGACUGCAGCACACACACACACACACACACACACACACACACACACACAUGACUCUAGUUGUGAAUGGCCCCGCGACACUCGGCACACUUGGCGUGCGGGAAGUCACCGUCAGUCCGGAUCUACUGCUACCUGCUGCCUGCUGCUGCUGCUGCUGCUGCUGCAGACCGAGGUUGCGCUGCGUACACCCAUGGGUGUCGCUACUGUGACCGUCUUGCCUGCUGAACGUUGCCGCUUUGAUCCGUGCAGCUAUUUUCAGAGUCUCCUCCGUAAAGCGUUUUUGGACGUGCAGCCUGCAGCUCGGGCAGUCAGGAUCGAGGAGCCGCACGGAGCGCUGCAGCAGUCACGGACCCGGAGCAGAGCAAGGGGAGGCACGGAUGCAAUUGAGAAAAAAAAAUAAAGGUGCAAGUCUAGGAAAGAGAUCUGCUGGGUGUCCCCUCUGGUGAGGGAUCUGGACUGUGGUUCAGCCCAGAGAAAUGUAGCGCCUCACUGCCCUCAAAGCCGGAUUUGGAGACCUGCCUGCUGUCUACUCAUGAUUUCUGUGUAGUCUGGUCCAGGGGCAUCUGCUGCAGUCAUGUUUAGGAACAGCUUGAAGAUGUUGCUGACGGGAGGGAAGGCCAACCGCAAGAGUCGCAGCAGCGAUGGCGGCAGCGAGGACUUGGCAGACCCGCGUUCACCCGGUCUAGACCCUCACCUGAGCCACGUCGGUCAAGGUGGCAGCAUAGACAGUGACUGUGCCUUCGAGGGCGACUACGCCGUGCCGCCGCUCCACAUGACCGAGGGCAUGCACCACAUUCGCAUCAUGGAGGGCGUGUCCCGCUCGCUGCCCUCCUCGCCGCUGCUCACCCACCAGACCAUCAGCGUGAGGCUGCAGCCGGUGAAGAAGCUCACGGCCCCUCUGCGGAAAGCAAAGUUUGUGGAGAGCCCUCGCAUUCCACAAUCAGAGCUUGGCUCCCCUACACACACCUCCACCACUGCCAAGAAUCCAGACCUGGACACAUACUGCCCGGCCGAGUCAAGCCAGGAGCUGGGGCCCCCUCCGUCGGUGGAUGAGGCAGCCAACACAUUGAUGACGCGCCUGGGUUUCCUUCUGGGAGACAAAGUGAGCGAGGGGCCGGCCGGUACCCAGUACAGCAUGGAGGAACCCGAGGCGAGACAGGGCCAGAACCAGAGGAUAAGCCCGUGCUCCACCCUGACCAGCAGCACUGCCUCACCCCCUGCAGGCAGCCCCUGCUCCACCCUCCCCCCUGCCAUGCCAGGCCAGGCUGGAAACAAGGAAUGUGCCUACGGUUCUGUCACCAGUCCAACUUCAACCCUGGAGAGCCGGGACAGCGGGAUUAUCGCCACACUGACCAGCUACUCGGAGAACAUGGAGCGAGGCGGCAAAUACGAGGGCUCCCGGGGGAACCUGAAGCUGUGGCAGUCGCAGAAAUCAGGCAUGGACUCGUUCCUGUACAGGGUGGACGAAAACAUGACCGCCUCCACCUACAGCCUCAACAAAAUCCCCGAACGCAACCUGGAGAGCAUGUCCUCCCACUCUGCCCACUCCAUCCCUCUGUACCUCAUGCCCCGCCCUAACUCUGUGGCCGCUACCAGCUCAGCCCACCUGGAGGACCUGGCAUACCUGGAUGAGCAGCGACACACUCCAUUACGCACCUCGCUGCGCAUGCCCAGACAGAGCACCACCUGCGGGCCGGGCCGCUCCGGGCAGGACCUGAGAGCUUCUGCUAAUAACACCCAUGCCUGGCAAUCCCAAUCACUACGUUUUGCACCCUAUCGGCCUCAAGACAUCGCCCUCAAACCCCUGCUGUUUGAGGUGCCCAGCAUCACCAUGGACUCGGUCUUCACAGGCCGCGAGUGGCUCUUCCAGGAGAUCGACGCCUACCUCAACAGCCCCAACGCCAGCACCAACCGCGGCGUGGCCGUAGUAGGCAACAUUGGCUUCGGAAAGACGGCCAUAAUCUCGCGCCUGGUGGCGCUGAGCUGCCACGGCACCCGCAUGAGACAGAUCGCCUCGGACAGCCCGCAGGCCUCUCCCAAACAUGGAGAGGGGCUUCCUCUCACCCAGCCUCAGCCCACUCACGGCACCCUGGGAGGAGGCAGCUGCCCCGGGACCCCUGAGAUGAGGCGACGCCAGGAAGAAGGCAUGAGGAGGCUGGCCUCUCAGGUGGUGGCGUACCACUACUGCCAGGCGGAUAACGCCUACACCUGCCUUGUCCCAGAGUUUGUGCACAACGUGGCUGCUCUGCUGUGCCGCUCGCCGCACCUUGUUGCCUACAGGGAGCAGCUGCUGAGGGAGCCGCACCUACAGAGCAUCCUGAGUCUGCGCUCUUGCGUGCAGGACCCCCUGGCUGCCUUCAGGAGGGGGGUCCUGGAGCCCCUGGAUGUCCUUUACAAAGAGAGGAAAAUCAACUCCGAGGAGGAUCUCAUCAUCCUCAUCGACGGUCUGAACGAGGCGGAGUUCCACAAGCCGGACUACGGAGACACCAUCGUGUCCUUCCUCACAAAAACCAUCAACAAGUUCCCUCCCUGGCUCAAACUGGUGGUCACAGUCAGAACCACGCUGCAGGAGAUCACCAACGCGCUGCCGUUCCACCGCAUCUCUCUGGACGGCCUGGAGGAGAACGACGCCAUCGACCAGGACCUGCAGGGCUACAUCCUGCACCGCAUCCACAGCAGCCCCGAGAUCCAGAACAACAUCUCGCUCAACGGCAAGAUGGACAACACCACCUUCGGCAAGCUCAGCGCCCACCUCAAAGCCCUGAGCCAGGGCUCCUACCUGUACCUCAAGCUCACCUUUGACCUCAUCGAGAAGGGCUACCUUGUGCUGAAAAGCUCCAGCUAUAAGGUGGUUCCAGUGAACCUGGCAGAGGUUUACCUGCUGCAGUGCAACAUGCGCUUCCCCACACAGUCGUCGUUCGAGCGGGCGCUCCCCCUGCUCAACGUGGCCGUGGCCUCGCUUCACCCGCUGAAUGACGAGCAGAUCUACCAGGCCACCAACGCCGGCUCGCUGCAGGGCACGCUGGACUGGGAGGAUUUCCAGCAACGCGUAGACAACCUGUCAGUCUUCCUGGUGAAGAGGAGGGACGGCACCCGGAUGUUUGUUCACCCGUCCUUCAGAGAGUGGCUGAUCUGGAGGGAAGAAGGGGAAAAGACGAAGUUCCUCUGCGACCCGAGGAGCGGCCACACACUACUGGCCUUCUGGUUCUCUCGGCUGGAGAGCAAGCUGAACCGGCAGCAGACUAUUGAGCUGGGCCAUCACAUCCUCAAAGCACAUAUCUUCAAGGGCCUCAGCAAAAAAGUCGGGGUUUCCUCAUCUAUCUUGCAAGGCCUGUGGGUAUCCUACAGCACAGAGGGCCUUUCUGCAGCACUUUCUUCUCUCAGAAACCUUUACACGCCCAACAUUAAGGUGAGCCGUCUGCUCAUGAUAGGCGGGGCUAAUGUGAACUACCGUACCGAGGUGCUGAACAACGCCCCCGUCCUGUGUGUCCACGCCCACCUGGGCUACAUGGACAUGGUGGCUCUGCUGCUCGAGUUCGGCGCCUCGGUCGACUCUCCGUCUGAAAGCGGUCUGACGCCGCUGGGCUACGCCGCCGCCGGGGGUCACAUGGCCAUAGUGACGGCGCUGUGUCGCAGGAGAGCAAAGGUGGAUCACCUGGAUAAGAACAGCCAGUGUGCUCUGGUUCACGCAGCCCUGCGGGGUCACAUGGAGGUGGUGAAGUUCCUCAUCCAGUGUGACUGGAGCCUCGGUCCACAGCAGCAGCAGCAGUCGUCACAAACACAACAACAGGCGUCUUUCACCAAGAGCCACGCGGUGCAGCAGGCUCUGAUCGCUGCAGCCAGUAUGGGAUACACAGAGAUUGUGUCCUACCUGCUGGACCUGCCGGAGAAAGAUGAAGAGGAGGUGGAGCGCGCUCAGAUCAAUAACUUCGACACCCUGUGGGGGGAGACAGCUCUGACUGCGGCCUCCGGUCGGGGGAAGCUGGAGGUUUGUCGUCUGUUACUGGAGCAGGGGGCUGCUGUGGCUCAGCCCAACAGGAGAGGUAUCGUCCCGCUGUUCAGCGCCGUCCGACAGGGACACUGGCAGAUAGUGGACCUCCUCCUCACACAUGGCGCUGACGUCAACCUGCCUGACAAACAGGGUCGUACUCCUCUAAUGAUGGCAGCCUCAGAGGGACAUCUGGGCACUGUUGAGUUUUUACUGGCUCAAGGAGCCUCGCUGUCUCUGAUGGAUAAGGAGGGUCUGACCGCUCUGAGCUGGGCCUGUCUGAAAGGUCACUUACCUGUUGUCCGCUGCCUGGUGGAGAGCGGUGCGGCCACCGACCACGCGGACAAGAACGGACGCACGCCGCUCGACCUGGCUGCCUUCUACGGUGACUCUGAAGUGGUCCAGUUCUUGGUCGACCACGGGGCCAUGAUAGAGCACGUAGAUUACAGCGGGAUGCGUCCUCUCGACCGGGCGGUGGGCUGCAGAAACACGUCGGUGGUGGUCGCCCUGCUCAAGAAAGGAGCCAAGAUAGGAUGUCAGACGCUGCCCAGUCGGCCCCGAGGUCCAGCCACAUGGGCCAUGGCCACCUCCAAACCCGACAUCAUGAUCAUCUUACUCAGCAAACUCAUUGAGGAGGGGGACAGCUUCUACAAGAAGGGGAAGGUGAAGGAGGCAGCGCAGCGUUAUCAGUAUGCCCUCAAAAAGUUUCCACGCGAAGGCUUCAGUGAGGAUCUCAAGACGUUCAGGGAGCUCAAGGUGUCACUUUUCCUCAACCUGUCCCGAUGCCGGAGGAAAAUGAACGACUUUGGGAUGGCUGAGGAAUUUGCUACAAAGGCACUAGAACUGAAACCAAAAUCCUACGAGGCAUAUUAUGCCAGGGCUCGCGCCAAGCGUAGCAGCAGACAAUUUCCUGAAGCCUUAGAGGACCUGAAUGAAGCCAUGAAGCAGUGCCCCAACAACCGAGAGAUCCUGCGGCUGCUGCAGCGGGUGGAGGAGGAGUGUCACCAGCUGAACCAGGAGGAGCAGCAGCAGCAGCAGGACCUGGAGCUGGAGCCUCCCCCUUCCCCUCCUCCUACGCCUCCCCCUGAAGACGAGGAGUCCCUGUCCUUGUCCCUGUCCAUGCCUCUCCCCCCUCCCCCGGAGCCCCGACUGGAGGACAUGGAGCCCGUCCAGGACCUUUUCGAGGAUGAGGACUACCUGGAGCAGGAGCUGGAGGCCAUGUCUGUGGGUCUGCCUCCGCCCGAGGGUCACGCCAAUCCUUCCAGCCUUCCCAUCAUCCAGAGCCCCCCGCUGUCCCCCACGCACCCCGACCAGAUCUACUUAGCAGGAGGUUCUCCAAUGGGACAGCCCUACGAGUAUCACCCCACCUCCUCCUCCAUGUCCUCCCCGACACGAGGGUCGUACCAGCCGACGUCCCCCUCCCUGUCCCCGACGCACCAGAACUCCCACUACCGCCACAGCCCGCCUCACACCUCCCCCGUGCACCAGCAGUCCUACGGCUACAGCUCGCCUCCGCUGGGCUCCGGGGGUCAGGGGAUGGAUCACCAGAGCCCGCCGCCUUCACCUUUACGCCGGGCCGCCCAGUACAGAGCCAGUCCGCCACUGGAGAGCGUCUGUCUGUACAGGUCCCAGUCGGGCUCUCCCGUCCGCUACCAGACCGAGCAGCACCCGGGUCGACCCAAGUCCCCGCUCUCCAAGAUGAGCAGCCAGCGCUCGUUCCAGCUCAGCUCGCAGCCCUCCCUGUCCUCGCAGCACCACCAAGCCCAGGGCCUCCGUCUGCAGCCAUCGAUAGCCCAGAUCGUCCGCACAAACCAGCCCAGUAACGUGAUGGGGAACAGCAUGUACGGGGGCCAGAUGGGACACUCGAUGGGCGGUCGUUACCAAGGGGCGGUGGACGUGGAGAGCCGUUUGGUGUACCAGCCUUCCCUGGACGGACGGUCCAUGCCCCAGGUCCAGGCGAGCCUCAGCUCUGGGGCCCUCUGUCAGCACGGCGGCCGAGGAGGGGUUAUGGAGUCGAGCCUGUUGAAGGACGAGCUACCCCAGCGCCCCUCCUCUGCCUACCGCGCCAGCAGCGGGGGCCCGGGGGGCAUCCGUUACAGCCAGACCCCUCAGAUCAGCCGAAGCCAGUCGGCCGCCUACUACCCGGUGUCUGAACACGUGCUAGAACGCGCCAACGCCAUGCCUCCCUGCCAGCUGGGCUCUCCCGAGAUGCCCCAUAUGGUACGGCGUCCCGUCAGUGCCAACACCACGGAGAUGAAGCAGCACGUGCCCACCCCCGGCCCCCUCAUCCACUCUCAGAGCGUCGGCCUGCGAUUCUCCCCCUCCAGCAACAACAUCUCCACCGGAUCCACCACAAAUUUGGCGCCGGGCUUCAGGCCGCCCUCGUCCAUCCAGCAGAUGGAGAUCCCCCUGCAGGCCACGUAUGAGCACUCCUGUGACGACAUGUCCCCCAUCUCGCCCUCCCAGGGCGGCGGGGGGCUGUAUCAGGGCGAGACUACCCGCUCUAGAAACACGCCCUUUAUGGGCAUCAUAGACAAGACAGCACGGGCUCAGCAGUACCUGCACCAGCCCUCCCGGUCCAGACCCAUGACGUCCAUGGACUCCGCCAUCAGUCCCACCUCCCCCGGCCAGCUGGUCCACCAAGGCUCCACCUACAGCCCCCCCGCCUCGCUGGGCAACAUCGCCUACUACAACAAGACAAACAACGCCCAAAACGGACACCUGUUGGAAGAGGACUACUACAUCCAGACUCAGCCCCCGUCGCUGGGCAAGCUGGCCAACGGUCGCGGCGGUGGCGGUGGCGGCGGCGGCGGAGGGGACAUCCUGGAGCGGGUCAGCCAGGUGCCCACCUACCCGGACGUGAAAGUGGCGAGGACUCUGCCCGUGGCGCAGGCCUACCAGGACAACAUGUACCGCCAGCUCUCGCGGGACUCCCGGACCCAAGGCCCCACCUCCCCCAUCAAACCAAAGAGACCAUUUGUGGAGUCGAAUGUGUGAUUGCCGGUCUGUGAUUGGUCUGCUGGAGAUGGAUGUUGUUACGAGUGGGGAAAAAAAAGGAAAAAAAUAUUUAGCUCAACCGGUGUGAAUGUGACGCGGACGAACUCAUCUCAAAGAACUCACGAGAGACGGAUCCAGCGAGCGAGCGAGAGAGAGAGAGAGAGAGAGAGAAACCACACAGCCGGCUCACACGCUUUAGGUGUUCUAUGAAAACAUAAAUAAAGAUUAUUUCAUUAUCAUAUUCUGCACACACGGCGGAGAACAGGAGGGUCCGAAGUUCUAAGAAUCAAAGACCAGUGCACUUCCGAAAAUGUUGCGAGGCACAACGUUCCCCCACACAGGUGGAGCGCGACGAGGUGAGACUGUGACAGUGAAAGUAGGAAUCAUCAGACUCUACUCGUGGACUCUGUAUCCAUCCUCUGUUCUUUCAAAGUGUGCUCUUAACCAAGGUUGCUUGUAGGCUCUAUUCUAUGUAAUACAAUACUAUAUGUUCAAUACUGUACAUGGCUCAGAAAAUACAAACGGCUCAACAACUCAGUACUUAGAGAAAAUGACAAUAUUUAUAAUUAAGUUAUAUAUUGUACAUAGAAAUGAAACAAGACAUAGUUUGCGUUUUGAAUUGUAUUCUGUUAACCCCGCCUUUGUGUCACGCGGACGUGGAGACGGGAUCAGGGUGAGGAAUGAGGGACAUCGACCAACUUUGAAUGAUAGAAUUACCUCUGUUAUGUCAGAAUAAAUCCCGUUUUGUUCGUCUUUAAUGCAAAAAAAAACAAAAAACCUAAUGCUUUCAAUGCUGCAAUAGAUCCUAAAUGUUUUGGUUACACACUGCAUUGAGUUUUCAUUUUAUUUCCUGAUUCAUCUCAUUUUUUGAUUUUUGUUGAAAGUCAAAGUACAGCAAAUCACGACCGCUAUCAUUUCCCACAGUACCACGGUGACGUCUUCAAAUCUUCCGUUCUGUCCUCCAACGAUUACUUCAAAAACUACAAGCAUUCAGUCAGACAGUUGUUUAAAGAGAGGAGAGCAGCUCAUCCUCGCACUGGAGAGGUGAAAACAAGAUAAUCUUCGAAUUUAAAGCCUGAAAAAUGACAAAUAUCAUUUCCCAUGAUUCUUUGUCUCUUCAUCAAUCAAUCCAAAUUAAAUAAGCACAGAUAGAAAAUGAACCUUUACCCAGGCGAUCAAAAUGUGACCUUCUGGGUAUAAUCUAGUUAUGAGAUGGUAUUGAAAUACUUGUGUAAGAGAAGAGAAUCUAUUGCACACAGUAAAUGCAUCUGUUUUUACAUCGCAUAGGUUUAAAAACCAUUUUAAAAACGAGCCUCUUCAUGAGGAUUCGACGACGUGUGUGCUUCUUUUUGUCCUAACUUUACUGUUUCACAGAUCUCGUUCUGUUUAACCACGUUAAAAGCUGCUAACUCAAAUCGUUUCAGGCGAAUUAGAGACAAAUCACCGUCUGUUAUUGAUCAACUGUCAGUACUUACUUAUCCAUCUGGUCAUAUGAGAAGUCAAAGUAUCUGUGGCUUCCUACGAGGACCGAAUGUCCUCAUUAUAAUGAUGUAAUGAGUCCUCACGCUGGUCCAAUGAGAACAAAUCCUGUGGUAGGUGAUUUGAUCAGGUGUCAUAUGAGACUCAAAGUUCGCCUUUGUCCCUCCUCCGUCCUCAGAGAGAGAGAGAGAGAGAGAGAGUCGAGCGAUCGAUCAGAGACGGGUUAACAUGGGUAAUGCUCAGCGAUGAAAAGCAAGCAAAUGCAUACACCACCACUGUUACACACAUCCCCCCCCCACCCUCCCCUUUUUCCUCUCCUGCAUUAUUUUGUGUCCUUUCUUUUUUUACCCACAAUGCUUUGUUUUCUCUCCACCACUUCUGCACUAAAAAUGCCUGUUAAGUUCUCAACUAAGGGUGCACUUUAUGUAAUUUUUGACUUACUUUUGUUGUGACGAUUGUUGAAGUCGGUGGGUGUGUGAUCAGUCGGACUAUCAUGAGACAUUUCUUGUUGUAUGAUUUUACAAAGCAGUGAUGAAUGACGCUAUGAAGAGCAACCGAUACAUUUUUAAACCGGUGAAGAUGUAUAGACUUUCUAGCACAAGUUGUACAUACUGACUCAGACACUCCUCUCAGUCCAGCUCGGGUUCAAUACGUCAUAUUUAAAUAUUCUGCAUCGUAAAAAAAAAAAAAAAAGAUAUCCCUAUAGAUGUACUUUAACUCUAAAUGAACCGGUCUAAGUCACUGGUGUUGCGCACAUGUUCAAAUAAAGUCAAAUCUACUGCAAAAAAAAAGAAAUGGAAACUGCGGUUUCAAACUCUAUAUUUGGAGUUUGGUGACAGAGAAAGUGGAAUAAUACGAAUAUUCAAGUUAUUUGUAUAUGUGAGGAAAGUUAUGGACCAUUUGUCUGUAACAUUUUAUUUAGAUUUCUCUCUUCAUGAAUAUCUAAAGAGGGUUUGUUCCUCCUGCUCCCAGAGAGAUGCCCCGAUAUCUUUACAGAAAUGAAGGUAUAAAAGUGUAUCAUACUUAAUUUAAACAAGAGGGUGUAUGGUUUUCAAGCUGUGUGUGUAUAUUAGUUUGCUGUAAAUAGUCUGAUGCAUGUUCUCUUCUUUCCAUGGAGCUCCAGCAGAAACAUGUAUAGCAGUGUUCUGGCUCUGUGGUGUGUGAAGAAAAAGCGAUCGGGACACUGCUGGCCCUGAACGAUAUCCCCCUCCUCAUUUCCCCCCCCCCCCCCCCCCCCACCCCUCUCACAAAACCUCACCAGGCAAAAAAGCGAGCGGUUUUUCCUUUUUUGAUUUGAUUUUAAACGUGUUUGCUUGCUGAGCAGAGUUCUCUUGUCUGUAAAUGUGAGCUUUGAGAUCGCUGUGAUAAAAAGUUUAAUUAAAAACAAUAAAAAAGAAUGUGUUUUUAUCUCAUGAUAACUGAUUGUAAUCUGUACAGUCAAACAUAUGUAUUGGAAAAAAAGAACAUAUUUAUAAAUGGUUACAACUGAAA